AUGUCCUUGACGCUGGAAAGCCAGAUCCAGCAGAGUCUCGAGGCCGACAUCGCCAAUGGCAAACUCUCGGCCGUCAGGGAACUUUACCAGUUAACAGACCCAGAUGGACAGCCCAGUCUACUAGAACAGAUCGCUGCACUCGCUGCAAAGCACAUUCAGCUUGACAUUAUAGACUGGGUAUUCACUGAAGGUUUCCAGGUACCUCUUGAAACACUAAAUGACGAGUUCUACUUCCAAGUAUGCGCCGCUGGAUCACUUGGGUUGUGGAAAAGAGUUGUCAAGAAUGGCUUCAACCUAAAUGGCCAUCGCAGUGAGUACAUAGGUGAUGCUCUGAGCCUGGCAGCAUACGAGGGUAAUAUUGACAUUGUACGCUUCCUUUUGGAAAAUGGACAGGAUCCAAAUGAUUCCUGGGCAGGGUAUGAUGAUAUGGAACCGAGCGUGGCUGCUGUCGCGCAUAUUGCGGCAGCUGAAAUGGGCAAUAUGGAAGCACUGAAGUUACUGGUAGAGCAUGGCGCAGAUUUGGAGGAGGCCCGCGGGUGGUGGUUCAAUUGUGGUGUGGAAGGGGAUGUAUGGGGGACUGCACUGUAUCGAGCAGCCUUUAAGGGCCAGAGAGAUUCUGUGGCGUAUCUGCUAGACAAGGGAGCCAGCACCAGGUUCAAGGAUGAAAAGGGGCGGUCUAUCAUGUGGGCGGCGAGACAAGGGGAUAAUAAAGAGGUGAUCAGCCUGCUGCUGGAUGUUGGGCUGGAGGGAGAAUGA